UAGUAAUUAAUUAUUUAAAUCAGCUGUGCUGUGCUGAUCAAACGCCACCACCCCGAGAUGUAAAACUCCUGAAAUGAAACCGAAAGCCAAGCUUGACGUUAGAUAAUUGUCCCUGAAGGGAAAUACGAAAGAAACACAACAUAUCAUUCUGAAAUGUAAAGUGUACGGCUCAAGAUAUUUAUUAGUCAAAAGAGACUGCGGCAUUUUCAGAUUUCAUGGUCAGUAAAUCAGCAAGUCAAACACUAUCACAGGAUGGACACUACUCUGUGCAGCAACUGUAAACGAGAAGUGGCAGCAUCCAAUUUUUCUCUUCAUGAAGCUCACUGCUGGCGAUUUCUGUCUGUCUGCCCCCUGUGUAAUGACCCUGUUCCAAAAGAGGAGAUGAAAGAACAUCAGGAGAAAGAACAUAGCCAGGUCAGAUGCAAAGUAUGCCAUGAGUAUGUGGAGAACUGCAAGAUGGAAGAGCACGAGGCCGAUGAAUGCAAGGAGCGUCAAAUGAGUUGUGAUUUCUGUGAGCUAUCUUUGCCUUUUAGCGUACUGCAAGAACACGCCGAGGCCUGUGGCAGUCGAACAGAACUUUGCAAUGACUGCAAGAAAUAUAUUCGAUUAAGUGACUUUGAGAGGCACAAGAAUAGCUGCUCAUUGGACUACAAAACAACAAAUGGUUCAAAAAAGGUGGUUCCGUGCCAGUUUUGCAAAAAGUCCUAUGCAGAAGACCAGCUUUUUCAGCACCAGGAUUUAUGCAAUCCUUUGUUCCAGUAUGUUAGAGGUUCACAUUCAAAUCCAAACAGAAGCUUGAUGAAGAAGCAUCCAUCAGCUGUGCCAUCUGAACUGCCAUUUUCCUUUCAUUCAUUUGAUAAAACAUGGGAAUAUUGUGGAACUAACACAAGUGAGGUCAAAAACUUUCCUUUUAAAUCCAGGAACUCCAACGUUAAGGAAUUUUCUUUUUCAUCUAGAAAUUCUCUGAAUCCUUCAAUGACUGCAAAAGAAUCUAAGGUUAAAUCCAACAGAAGUGAUAAAGAGAAGCAGUUAUCUCAUACUUUUUCAUCAAGAAGAGUCCCACGAAUAGAAAAAGAAUCAAAUGAUGAAUUUGGGGUUUGCUCUCAAUGCAACAUUAUGCUUCCCAGACAAACCCUUAAAGAGCAUGAGAAAAAAUGUCGAAGUUUGGCAGCUUUACAGAAUUCUAUAACUGCAAUCAAAUUGGAAUCCCAAAAGGUGGAAGCACAUGACGUGUAGUGAACUACAGAAUUCCUUCAGAGCAUGUUGAAGAUGACAUGCUGGCACUUUGGACGAUGCUUAAGUUUCACUAACUUUAACUUAAUACUAUGAAAUCCAUAAACAGAAACAUAUCAGUGAAAUGGGUGGCUGUUUCCUAAGUAUAUUUACAUAUUACUGUUUGUUCUCAUUUGAGCCUGUCUUCUACCUCUUCGUUGAUGGUGGCAGGGGUAGUUUGUGAUGCUUCAAAUGGCAACUCAAAAGUUAUGAUGCUGGUUAUGUUGCCUGAUGACUAGUGCCUCUUUCUAACUGAGAUUACAGAGCAAAACAAGACACUUGAUGUAAUUGUCAUGUCUUUUGUCUGAAACAUGAGGAAGUUUGCCUUAUUUUGCAAAUAAGCUCUGGCUCUUUGUGUUCAUUACCAGGAAUUACCUUAAUGUUAAGGUUUUUACAGUGGUUAUACUAGUUCUACUAUGGAACACCGAACCGCAAAACCCCAGGCAUCAGAAAAAUAAAAAAUGAGUAAUAUCUGAAACACAGAAGGGCAAGUGUUUGUUUUUUUUUUUUGCAGGAGGCAUGCCCCCCCACAUGUAUAACAACUCUAUGGUCACAUUAACUCAAAGAGGGGGAGACAUUUCUCCCUCAAAAAGGGAAUCACCACUGGCACACAUACUGGCACUUUUUUCCUAUAGAAAACAAGUUUGGCAUACUGAUAUUCAAGGAAUUUCACCUUGGCACUUGCAGAGCUACUGGUAAUAUAAAACUGCAUAAGUAAAGAUACCAUAAAAGGUAACUGGGCACAAAGUGUGCAAAGGUUCUGUUAUGUACAGUUAGAUUCAUUUUUUUAACUCCUUUAUUGAAUUAUCACUUGAGAGGCAAAUUUACAUUUAUAAAAAAGUAAUCAACUGUAUUAACUUUUAAGCUCAUAAUGUACCUUGGGCCUGUAACAAAUCUGUAAAAAAAAAUGUGUUUUACAUAAAUGUAUAUAGUAAUCUUUAUCUUAUUAAGCUGGUUAAGUGUGUAUUUAUAAAAUAAGCUUAUUUGUAGUCGUCUGAGGAUUUUCUUCUUUUAAUGAAGUCACCAUGGAGAGGAAGGCAGAAAAGUUGAAGUUUAUCUGAUAUUUAGACACCUUUAAUCAAAUUUGAAACUGGAAACUAUAAUAAAAUGAUCAAUUCAUUUCUAUCUUAA